CAUCCUCCCGCCACGUCAGUCUGCAGGUGGAAUGAGAGAAGUAACGUAGAAAGAUUGUCGGCAGCUUCACUUUAAAAAAGAUCUUAUUCAUUAAUUUGGUUGUUAUCGUUCCAAGUGCCAGGUUAUAGAAGCCCACCACCGACCAUCCACGCGGCCACCAUGGCUGUAUAGCGGCAGCAGCGGCCAGCGGCAACCCCUCCCGAGGCCAGUGCAAGGCAGCAGCAACCAGCAGCGCUGGCAGCUCCAGGCUUCGUCACAAACAUGGCGUUCCUCAAGGCAUCCCGCAGCAGCAUUGCUGUAUACGAGGAAGAAAGCUCAGAAACCAGCUUCUACGUGAAAGCCCUGAUACUUGUAAAAGAUGAACCUGUUAAGCGACGAUCUGAUGUUGGGGGACUUUUUGUCCCCCUUAAACCAGUCGUUUUUGGCGGCUGAUGAAAGUUUGGGUCUCUUGGAUGACUGCAUCGAGGUGUCCGGGUACCUCCCAUCGCAUGGGUUUUCCAGCGAAAAGGCUAAGAAUGGCGUCUCCGAACUGCUUUUUUUGGCUGAACCCUUUGGCAGUUUCCAGGGAGACGCCUUCUCCGGCAUGGAUUGGAUGGUGGAAAAAAUGGACCUGAAGGAGUUUGAUUUUGAUUCCCUGCUUGGAAUGGAAGAUCUGGAAUCCACUGUCUCGCCAGAUGAGCUUAUGGCCACGUUGGAUGACUCUUGUGAUCUCCUGGAGGACCCACCUCUCCCACCUGUGUUUGGCCAGUAUGCGCCAUCACCUGCCCAAAUUUUACUUCCAGAAAAACCACUGGAGGCAGAUCAAGUGGCUCCAGUGAGUCCCAGUUUAUCAGACUCUAAUAUCUCUAGCCCUGACCAUUCUUUUAUAUUGGAUGUAGGAAGUGAGGUAGAUGUUGCUGAGGAAGAUAAGAAAUCAGUAAUCUACAUUCUUGAAGUUCCAAAAUGUGAUAAAGAAGACUCCUCGGGUAAUGACAGCGGUAUUUUUCUGAAUUCACUUCUGAAGUCUGAGAAGGAGGAUUCCUCAGAUAAUGACAGUGGGAUUUCUAUGAGCCCGUCAUAUCUGGGGUCUCCUCAGCAAAGUCCUACAUCUACUGUAGAGUACCCUAGUAGUGUACAAUCUUCUCCCAGUUCCCCUAUUUCCGAGAGACCCAAACCUUAUGACCUUCCCUCUAAGAAUAAAGAAGUCUUGGGAAAAGUAAAAACUGUAGGGCACCCCAGAGUAGACAAGAAGACAAAGAAAAUGGAGCAGAACAAAACAGCAGCCACUCGCUACCGGCAGAAGAAGAAAGCAGAACAAGAGUUAAUAUCUGCAGAGUGUCGAGAACUGGAACAGAAAAAUGAUUCCCUCAAUGAAAAAGCAGACUCUAUAGCAAAAGAGAUCCAGUAUUUAAAAGACCUAAUAGAAGAAGUCCGCAAGGCCAAAAGCAAACGAGCAAAAAGUUCUUGAGACGGGAGAUAGUUGGCGCGUUGUGUAUGUUGUGUGUGUAUUUAUAGGUCACAUGGUUGUAAAACAAGUAGUAAUACGUAAUGUCUACUCAAUAAAUUAUUUUGUAGCUAAAUGUUAAA